GCCUAAUUUUAAUUAACCUCUCUAAAUAUAGCCAAAUCUCACCAACAUUGUUCACAAAAACAUAACACAAACUUAAUUAACCAAUCUAUUUUCUCCUAAUCUCUCUCUUCUCAUUCUCAUUUCCAAUUCCAAUUCAAAUUUCUCAUUCAUUCAUCACAAAAAAAAAAAUUGUACUAAAUUUCUUCAUUAUCAUCAUUUCUAAUUUCCGUUACCAUGAAAUCACUGUUCCACCGUAACCCAUCGUCAUCCUCAACGCCAUCGCGCUCAGCCUCCCUCUCCGUGCGCUCACGCGCGCGUCUCGCGGGUGAGCUCGAAGAAGUAUUCAAGAAAUUCGACGUCAAUGGCGACGGCAAGAUCUCGGCCUCGGAACUCGGAUCCAUCAUGGGAAGCCUAGGCCAACCUGCGACCGAGGAGGAACUCAACAACAUGAUCCGCGAGGUUGACGGCGACGGCGACGGUUGCAUCAGUUUACCGGAGUUCAUUGAGUUGAAUACCAAAGGCGUUGAUUCGGAUGAGAUCUUGGAGAAUCUGAAGGAUGCGUUUGCGGUGUUUGAUAUGGAUGGGAACGGGUCGAUUACGGCGGAGGAGUUGAAUACGGUUAUGAGGAGUCUCGGGGAGGAGUGUUCGUUGGCGGAGUGUAGGAGGAUGAUUGGGGGUGUGGAUAGUGAUGGUGAUGGGACGAUUGAUUUUGAGGAGUUUAGGAUGAUGAUGAUGAUGGGUUCUCGUCAUGAUACGACGGAUAGGGUCAAACCUGAGCCUAUGCCUACGGAAUGAAUUGAUUUAAUUGUUAUUGGGAUUUUUUUUUUUUUAAUAUAUGCUUUUGUUCCUCGUUGCUAUAAAAUUGAAGCUAUGAAAAAAAUGAUAAAGUUUCUUGAUAUUAUUUUAUGUAAUUUAAAUAUUUGUAGUAGAUUCUAUCAUGGAUUUUUUUAA